AUGGCCUCCAUGGCGGCGGCGAUCGCGGCCUCGCGUUCGGCAGUCAUGAACGGGAACCGGCCUCUGGACGACAAGGAGCGGAAGCGCUUUACCUACUUCUCGUCGCUGAGCCCAAUGGCCAGGAAGAUCAUGCAGGACAAGGAGAAGAUCCGUGAGAAGUACGGGCCCGAGUGGGAGCGGCUGCCCCCGGCGCAGCAGGACGAGAUUAUGGACCAGCACUUGGUGGGCCCGCACGUCCAGGCUCGCUACGCCGCGCACCGUGCUGCCGCCCAAGACCCCGUGCCCGACAACUUCCACGGGCCGCGCGGGCCCACCGGGCAGAAGAUCGUGCACUUCGGGGACGAGGACAUAACUUGGCAAGAUGAGCACUCUGCCCCUUUCUCCUGGGAAACAAGGAGUCAGAUGGAGUUCAGCAUCUCAUCUUUGUCUGUGCAAGACCCAGGCAGUGCUGCACAGGCCCUCAAGGCCUCCCAGGGCAGCAAGGCCCCCGGCCCAGACUCGCUGGGGCUCAUACGGAAGGACGAGGAGGCGGCCUUCUGGAAGAUCAAUGCUGAGCGGUCCCGGGUAGAGGGGCCUGAGGCAGAGUUCCACUCGCUGACCCCCAGCCAGAUCAAGUCUAUGGAGAAGGGGGAGAAGGUUGUGUCUGCCUGCCUUCGGCAAGAACCUGCCCCAAAGGACAAGGAGACCCAGGCGGAGCGACCGAGCGGCCCUCGGCAGGAGUCACAUGACCUCUCCGACCCUGGCCCGGGGAGCGAGCGUGAGAGACCCCUGCCCCUACAGGUGCCUGUCAGCCCACCACGGGAAGCCAUCCCUGCCGAGCACGUAAGGAAGCCACCCACCCCUGAUGCCAGUCAGGAGGAUGGGGGGCAGGCUGUGAUCUCCGAGCCUACACCUGCACAGGUCAACUCCAGCAAUGUCAUCUUGAAGACGGGAUUUGAUUUUCUGGACAAUUGGUAA